AUGCGCUUGAACAGGUCUCGGAAGGCCGAUCCCACGUCUACCCUGUCUUCAGCGGAGAUUAAGGCCUAUCGGACUGCCAUAGCGCAAAUCCAAUGCCUCGCCCGCGAGUCCCGGCCGGACGUCGCAGGAGGAGCCUCCCUGCAGAGCGCCGCGCUUCCCCAUCCUCUGGUCUCUGACGCCACGCUGGUCAAUGAGCUGUGCGCUCAGCAAAAGGCCACGGCGAGCCAGAAGAUCACCAGCUGGCCCUUGGACCCCCUGAGCCUAACUUUCGUUACGGUCUCGGAUGCGGGCAGGCCUGGGUCAGCGCGCCGACACAGAGCGCAGGGAGCGUGGCUGAUCCUCGCCGCGGACGCCAGCAUCAGGAACAACCUUAGGGCGAGGGUCCCUCUGCUCUCGUGGCGAUCGCAGCGGAUUGAAAGAGCCGUGGCCUCCACGGGGGCCGCGGAGACCCUGAGUCUGUCGUCGGCCGUAGCCGAGGCCCAGUGGCUUCAGGCCGCCUGGCGCGACUUGAUGUUCCACGACGUUCAGGUUCCCGAUUGGGCAUCCUCACAAUCCCCGUUUUCGGUUGUGCUGUCUAAGGACUGCGUGUUGGCCCAGGACGUGUCCACCGUCUCCGUGGUGGACGCCAAGUCCAUCUUCGACACACUGUCGCGCAACUGCGCGGGAUCACGUGCCGAUCGCCGCAAUGCGAUCGAAGUGGCUGUGCUGCGGGAUUCGAUGUCGAGCAUCGGAUCGCAGAUCCGAUGGAUACCGCACGGCCGGAUGGCCGCAGAUCCCGUCACCAAGGCGGAUCCUGGCCCUGUCAGACCUGCUUAG